AUGACCAGAUUCAAGUCCGAGAGAAUCGCCAAGUUCGCCUUCGACUUUGCUCUCAAGAACAACAGAAAGGUGGUCACUGCCAUCCACAAGGCCAACAUCAUGAAGUUGGGUGAUGGUUUGUUCAGACAAACCGUCAAGGACGUCGGUCAAACCUACCCAGGUAUUCAGGUCAACGACUUGAUUGUCGACAACGCCUCCAUGCAAGCUGUUGCACACCCUCAACAAUUCGAUGUUUUGGUCACUCCUAACUUGUACGGUUCCAUUCUCUCCAACAUUGGUGCUGCCUUGAUCGGUGGUCCAGGUUUGGUUCCAGGUGCCAACUUCGGUAGAGAGUACGCUGUUUUCGAGCCAGGUUGCAGACACGUUGGUUUGGACAUCAAGGGUCAAAACACCGCCAACCCAACUGCCAUGAUCUUGUCUGCCACCAUGAUGUUGAGACACUUGGGCUUGAACGAUGAGGCCGACAAAAUCUCCAAGGCUACCUACGACGUCAUUGCUGAGGGCAACGUCAGAACCAAGGACAUCGGCGGUACUUCCACCACCACCGAGUUCACUGAGGCCAUUUUGUCCAAGUUGAACGCUUAA